AUGGCUGCCGCGAUCGAGGAAAAGCGCCGAGCAACAUCUGCUGCAGUUGCGGCAGUACAGGCUGGCGGAAGGAAGCGGCGCAUAACCGACUACUUGGAGGGAGAUGCCUCUGCGGCUAAGCGGGAUGCUCACAAGGGCCUUGCGCUGAUGUUUGCGGCCUGCAGAAUUCCGGAGGUCACCAUGGACCACCCGCUGUUCAUCAACGCCAUGUUGCUCGUCAACCACGCCGGCAACGGCUACGUCCCCCCCAGGAGGACUUUCAUUGGCGGGGCUGGACUGGUCGCUGUCCGCAAAGGGAUUGAGCAGGGGUUGGUGGGGAUUAAAUCGAGCUGGAAGAAGACGGGGGUAACAAUUGCGUCCGACAUGAUGACGGACAAAUGUGGGAGGGCGCAAGCGAACGUGCUUCUGAUCAACGACUCCGGCGCCGUUUUCAGGGAGGCGAUCGACUGCGGUAUGGAGCGGAAGACGGGGGGAUACAUAGUGGGGAUUCUGCAGCCGGUGGUGGAGGAGGUCCCUUGUGCCACGCAUGUGAUGGAUCUCCUCCUGGAGGACGUGGGAAAGAUGGGGUGGGCAAAAGGGGUGGUGGAUCGGACUGGGGAGAUGAGUUCGUUCGUUCGCAACCAUCAUUGGACGCGGGCUUACCCGAGGAUCAAGGAGUUGGUGGAGGGGAAGGUGCUGCAGCCGCUGAAGCCAGCGGGAACACGGUUCGGGACACAAUACAUUGUUGUGUCCCGCCUUUGUCAGUUGCGUAGCACCCUCAACGCGAUGGUGCUUACCGACAGGUGGAAGGAGUGGGCCUCGGGGUCGCGGAAGGAAACUGCCGAGGCCUUUGCUGCACGGGUCCUCGAUGACGCAUGGUGGCGGACGGCAGAAUUCUUCUGCAAGCUGAUGCAACUGCCCUACAAGGCGAUGCGGCAGACUGUCGCAGAUGCCAAUGGGAUGAUGGGCCGGCUCUACGAUGUAAUGCUGCAGCUUACCGAGGAUGUCAACAACAUCCUGGACGAGGACGAGCAGCAGCUGAGUAGCGCGGACAAGGAAAAGAUCCGCAACAUCAUCAAGGACCGCUGGGAUAACAACCUCGCCUGCGCCAUGCACGUUGCUGGCCGAAUCCUCAACCCCGCCAACCAGGAGGAGGAUAUCUUUGGCAGCGACGCCGAAUGCACCCGGGUUUUCAAGGCGUUAAUCAACCAGCACGUGGAGUUCCUCAUCGGCCACGACGGGAAGGGGAGGGAUGAGGGUCCAGAUUACUUGCUUGCCUUGGGUGACGGGCUGAGGGCUUUCUUGGACAUGAAAGGCAGUUUUGGGAUGCCGGAGGCGCUUGCACAGAGGGAGAAGGUGAAGGCGG